AUGAUCUGUCGGCUUUCGCUCGCUCGUGCAUUCCUAAGUUUCUUGCUAGGUCUUGCCAUUAUCGCGUUUUGCCUCCAUGGAAGGCUCGUCAGGCCGUUUGGAAUGGGUAUCGAGCGUGUCAACCGUUUCUCACCUACGAUUUUCCCAAUUGUCUUCGCGGCUAUACUCGGAAGGCUUCUCAAGGUUAUUGGUAGGUGGCUUGCCGAGUGCGGCAGCCGCUUAAGCACUUUAGAAAGACUUAUAGGAUGCAACUCUCUCUUUACUGCGCUCGAUCGACAAGUCGCUAUCCGUCACGUCGAUGCGAUCGGCCUAUUGAUUAUCUUUACCUGGGCUUUAUCACCCUUGGGCGGUCAAUCUUCGCUACGGCUACUCUCUCGGGAACCUCACCUCUACCGGUCUAGAACUGCGAUUCGGUACUUGCCCUUGGAAUUAUUACAAUGGCACGGUUCCUUGAACUGGAUGCCUGAGGAGAAGGAUUGGAUCGUCUUCUCAUCCACCUACAUUUCAGCGUUAGGCUCCAGUCGCGGGCGCUUACACGCAACGCAAGACCCAUGGAACAGUAUCAGGAUUCCGACCUUGGAUAACGUAUCCCUGGACGGACCGAGCGACGAAUGGCAGCCGAUUGAUUACUCGCGCAAUGUCUCUUAUGCGUCGCUGCUGGGCCUCCCUUUUGUUGGGAUCGAUCAAGGGCGGAAUUUCUCCUUCCAGGUAGGCAGCCGAUACUGGAAGGUCAAUUGUCUCGCCAUGUCUUGGUUCGAAGGUCCGGCGGAUUGGAGCAAUGUAUCAUUAGGCCUUGUUCCAAAUGACACAUGGAUCAAAUGGCCUUCGACCUUCAAAAUGGAGAUUGCAGAGAAGUACCGUUGGAGUGCAGCUGCACCUAAUCUGCAGCACUUCACCUUCACUUCACGGAGUGGGGACGAUGGCCAAAUUGUGCUUAUCGAAUCGACAGGCAUGAGUUCUACGGAGUGUGUGGCCAAAGCGCAAGGUAUAGAGUGUUCCGUGGAGUGCCUGGGCGUCGAUUGUCGAGUUGUUGCAAUCCGCCCCACGGUCCUGUCUGAAGGCCUCGGAGCUAUCCCAUCUCUGGAAUACGCUCUUUUGGCAUUAUCGUGGACGAGUGUCAGCCCCAUAUGGCAACAUACAUCUGGGAUCGAGGUCAGUUCUCCAACGGAGCGGUGGUUAAUGGACCCGGAUUCAUCAUCCCUGUAUGCAUCAAAUGGACUGGUAAACCUGUCUGAGGUACCUCUGGACGUUUUCAAUGGUCGUCUUUCCGUGGUGCUCAACACGUUUUGGGAUGCCUCGUUUGCGUCCGACUAUCGACUAGGCGGCAUUCCUCAGAACACAGACUUCUACGACAACCCGCCGUAUCCGGGCGUAUCGGAAAGAAUUCCUUGGAAUACUACCGAGGCACAGGUUGCGGAAAUAACGGGCGACAUAUACAUCUGCAACUACGCCUUCGCGGGCAUAUUGCUCGUCAUUUCCGUCGGCCUUUUCCUGGCUACCAUCACCACCGCGGUGGUGAACACAUGGCUUCUGGCACCCGAUGUCCUGGGAUACGUCUCCUCGCUGACUCGGGAUAAUCCUUACGUAUCCGUGCAGGGGGCUUCACAUCUCGAUAGCCUGGCAAGGGCGAGAGCUUUGCGCGAUGUUCGUAUAAUGAUAGGCGACGUCGAUGCCAAUGCGGAAAUUGGACACAUAGCUAUCACGGAGGCUCGCGAAAGCGGUCAGCUGUUGAGAAGGGGCCGCCUUUACGACUGA